AUGUUUUUCCUAGGAUACUUAAUCUUUGCUGCUAGCACCGUGAUGAUUGUAUCAGGUAUCUGGAGAAUCUUAAGGGAGUAUGGGACCAAGAAACAGAACGAAUAUGAGCAAAUUCCUCUUCAGUGGGAUUACGACGACUGUAUGUGGUAUGACCCGGAAACAGCUGGAAGUCUUCAGUCACUGAUGGAAGAGUAUACUCAUUCUUCAGAUAAUUCUUUGCCAACAUCUCAACGUCUCCUCCUCUUCACUAUGGCAACCGAUACAUCAGAAAUUGACCGCGAUCGUCUGAAAGCUCUUGUCGUGGUUCAAUCAAAAGGAUCACCCUUCAAGUACGUCUCGAGCGAUCGUGUUGUAGUUGUCGACAGUUUUAAAUCUUCUCUCCCUUACUCCAGCCAUGAAGGACGGCGAGCCGAGAAGAAAGGGAGCCUAGAACUUGAAAAGAGCUACCUUGGAGCCGGGAUUCCCACUCGAAAGUUCAGCGCUGCUGAUCAGGCAGCCUAUGGAAGUGACCAAACCACGGAAUGGGUUAUUCAGGAUGGUUGGAUGGAACCAAAUGGGACUGACGCAUCUGUGCUGUACCUUGGAUGGACCCCAGAAACGAUCGAUAAAGUCGCGCUAAGUUUGAACUUCAUUCCAAAGGAAGGUCUCCGAAUAGCGACAAUUCGGGACAAUUUUUUGGAAAAAUUGCGGAACAAUAAGAGAGAACAUUUUUCGUCAGCAUCCAUUCUGAACGAGAUACACCCAAACCAAAAGGUGCUUAAGGACCCUACUCAUAUCUAUUGGCUCUACAAAGAUCUGAGUUUCUACCACACUGAGCAUCACACCGAUUACGGUUUGGGUGCUGUUUUCUAUUUUUGUUUUCAGCAGAAUAUGAAGGCGCCCCCGAAGUUUUCCGCCAGAACCAUAUACAAUGCAACUGAAAAUGGAUCCAGCGGCAUUCUCCACCUCCAGCAUGACACUGCUGGUUUUCUCGAUGUAUUGAAAUACCAAUACAGCAUACCAUGUAUUGCGGUGGAAUGCUCGGAUGCUUGCGGCUGUGGAGAUGACUGCCCAAACCGAAGACUUCAGCAGGGCAGCACACCAUCAUUUGCUGUUGUCGACGGUCCGCUUAGUUUUGAGCUCUUCGCGAUGGAGCCAAUUCUGAAAGGACAGCUGUUGUUUGAAUACAUCGGCGAAAUGUUGAUGUUGAAGCCUGAAAAGAUUCCUUCGGCACCCAAGAAACCAACAGGAGUGGGAAAAGAUUGGUCAGCCACUACAAUAGGAUUUUGCCUGGAGGAUGGCAUGAAGGAGAGUAUGCCAGACAUCCAUGAGGAGUUCGAUGAGCGAUCGGAGUUCAAAGACACGGAACGGAAGCAGACAUAUGAUGCCACGUUCCGUGUGAUGGAUACACAGAUUAUUAUCUGUGCCCAAUACCAAGGAAACCUUGCGAGAUUCGCGGGACAUUCCUGCACCCCUAACUCUGCGAUGAUUGAAACGCACAGUCGCAGAUUCGAAGAAGAUCCAUUAAUUCCGAGAAUAGCUGUAUAUGCUAUAAAGGAUAUUGAUGUUGGUCAGCGAGUUCGAAUUAGGUAUUAUCUGCCCGAAAAAAUGCUUCCAACCGGCAGUAACGAUGAAAUCCCUUGCAAGUGA